AGCCGCUCUAGCUGCUCAUUGCAAGCAUGGCCGGGGACAGCGAGGCUCUUCUUAAAGACCAUGACGAGAACACCAACGGUGUCCGGCAACCUUUCCUCAUAGGUGUCUCUGGUGGCACCGCCAGUGGCAAGUCAUCUGUAUGCGAGAAGAUCAUGGAGCUGCUGGGACAGAACAAGAUAGACCACCAUCAGAGGCAGGUGGUGAUCCUCAGCCAGGACAGCUUCUACAAGGUUCUUACUCCAGAGCAGAAGGCCAAGGCGUUGAAGGGCCAGUACAACUUUGAUCAUCCGGAUGCUUUUGACAGUGAACUGAUCAUGCACACGCUCAGGCAGAUUCUGCAGGGGGAGACGGUGCAGAUCCCUGUUUAUGACUUUGUCACCAAUUCCAGGAAAGAGGAGUUUAUUACGGUGUAUCCGGCCGAUGUGGUCCUUUUUGAGGGGAUCCUCAUGUUCUACUCACAGGACAUCAGAGAUCUGUUUCAGAUGAAGCUCUUUGUUGACACAGAUCCAGACACGCGGCUCUCACGUCGAGUCUUGAGAGACACUACUGAGCGCAAGCGGGAGCUGGAGCAGGUGCUCACUCAGUACAUCACGUUUGUGAAACCAGCCUUCGAGGAGUUUUGUUUACCUACAAAGAAGUAUGCAGAUGUAAUUAUUCCACGGGGAGCAGAUAAUCUUGUGGCCAUCAACUUGAUUGUACAGCACAUCCAGGACAUUCUGAACGGCGGGCUGAACAAACGCUACAACGGCUGCAUGAAUGGGCUUGGGACUCCCCGGCAGCGGCGGACCUCAGAAUCGAGCAGCCGACCCCACUGACCCCGUGGCACCUCUCUUCAGAGAGGAGAGGAGUGUAAUUGUUGAGUUAAAGAUAAUAAAAAAAAAAGCCUCUUGGCUUCACUGUAUUUAAGACGGGGGGAGAAAGACAAAGAUAAAUUGAGAUGCCUUGUAUUAUUAUGACCGCUCCGCUCUUGUCAGUUACUUGGAUUUUAAGUGUUCAACAUGGAUUUAAGUUCCUGUCAGGAGGAUAAAUGGAAACUUUUUUUUUUUUUGUUCUCGGUGUCCAUUGCUGCUUACAGGAACUUCCUGUCAAAAGCAAGCUUUUUAUUUCUAUUUCCUAUGUCUGAUAAAACUUGAACCCCCUAAUGAACGGGGCAUUUCAGAUGUUUGGAAGAGUUCCAAACAAAAAAAAGAAGAAAAUUGAAUUAAAAAUCUGGAAGGAUUGCACUCCACUGACAAUCUCCUUAGUGUUUUCAUACUAGUUUUGUCCACUUUUUAGGUUGGGUGGCUGUUGCUUUACUUUGUCCAUUACUGUCCAAGUUUCUCGUUUGUGGCGAAACGUCGGAUUUAAAGUGACGACUAAAGGGUUAAACUGGAUGCGGUUAAAAAGAAUUCCAACCAAAAAUACAUAUUCCUUCAUCUUUAUGAUUGAUUUAAAGGGAUUUUGGGUUGAGCCAAAAUAUUCAGAUGUGUAAAUAACUUGAUUUGUGUCCCUGUAUUUGGGGACAGCCAGGUGUUUCAGGUGGUGCGUGCACACUCAGGUCAAUCAUGACGGUUCAUCUACAAUGCCAUAGCAAUACCAGUCCUGUAGAAAAACGGACGACAAUGCCUCAGUGAAGUUGCCUCAGGUUCACUUGUACAGUAAGCAUCCACACCUGCUAGCAGAAAAACAUUUUCAUCUGUUUUUUUUGAAUGACAGCUCUGUAUUUUUGAUGUAUGAAGGAACUGAAUGAUGUCCUCUGAAUGGUUGUGGAGCUUAAGACUGAUUUUGUGAUUUGUAAUGAAUGAAAUUAUGAAUCACUUCAUGGUCAAUAAACUGACAAUGUUGCAUUA